AUGGACGUCAUCGCCCCUCACCGCCCGCAGUCCCUGCCUGAGAGGGACCCCUCCACGUUGCUGAACUAUUUUCAGUUCAAAGUUCACCACACAAGGUUGGAUUUCAAGGUCGACUGGGAAAAGAAGAUUCUCCACGGAAAGGCCAAGAUCGCGUUGGAGACGCUUGAGGACGUCGAUAGCGUGGCGUUGGACUCGUCGUACUUGGACGUGAAGAGCGCCGCUGUCGACGGCAAGAACGCUGCUUUUGGUUUCGGCGAAAGAGGCAUUUUGGGCUCGGAAUUCAAGAUCGAAGCCAAGAUCCCAAAGAACACGAAAUUCGACUUGGAUCUCGAGUGGAACACGACAGACCAGUGCACGGCGUUGCAGUUCCUCGAGAAGGACGCCACCGACGGCAAGAAAGACCCAUACUUCUUCUCCCAGUGCCAGGCGAUCCAUGCCAGAAGUCUCUUCCCAUUCUUCGAUACUCCAGCAGUCAAAUCGUCCUACUCCUUCUCCGUGGAGCUGAAACUCCCCACGUUGAUGAGCGGAAGACCGGCCUCCGUGGACGGCAACACCUACAAGUUCGAACAGCCCAUCCCCAUUCCAUCGUACUUGGUUGCAAUUGCGUCUGGAGACAUCACCAAAUUGCCCAUUGGACCCCGUUCCCACGUCUACAGUGAGCCCAACAGGGUCCAGGCGUGCCAGCACGAGUUUGAGCACGACAUGGAGAACUUCUUGCAGGCUGCAGAGAAGUUGGUGUUUCCAUACGAAUGGGACCAGUACGAUGCGCUUGUGUUGCCUCUGAGUUUCCCUUACGGCGGUAUGGAGAACCCCAAUGCCACUUUUGUGACCCCUACGUUGAUCAGUGGCGACAGAGAAAACGUGGAUGUUGUUGCCCACGAGCUUGCCCAUUCGUGGUCUGGCAACCUUGUCACCAACUGCUCGUGGGAGCACUUCUGGCUCAACGAGGGCUGGACCGUCUACUUGGAGAGAAGAAUUCAAGGAGCUAUUCACGGCGAGGCCACAAGACACUUUUCGGCGAUUAUCGGAUGGUCCGAUUUGGAAAACAGCAUCAAAGCCAUGGGCGAUUCAGCAGAAAGAUACUCCACGUUGGUGCAAGACUUGAAGGACCGCAGCGACCCGGACGAUGCAUUCUCCACCGUUCCAUACGAAAAAGGAUCGAACUUGCUUUUCCUCAUUGAACGCACUGUUGGCGGCAAAGAAGUGUUUGACCCAUUCAUUCCUCACUACUUCAACAAGUUCAAGUACUCGUCGCUCGACACCUACCAGUUCAUGGAUACACUCUAUGCAUUCUUCAAGGACCACAAGGAUAAGCUCGAUCUGAUCGACUGGGAGCUGUGGCUCUAUAAGCCUGGCAUGCCACCUGUGAAGCCUGAUUUCGACACCACCUUGGUUGACCAAGUCUACAGCUUGGCAGACCGCUGGAUCUACGCUACGCGUAACAAUGACGACUUGACCCAGCUCUUCAAGCCUUCUGACAUCGAGAGCUUCACCGCCAACCAGUCUGUCGUUUUCUUGGAAACCAUGUCGUCCUUCGACAAGCUUGACGAUUUCAAGUGGAAGGACUUCAGAGGCGCCUUGCAUGUUCUUGACCAGGUAUACCACGCGUACGCCACAUCGUCCAACGCUGAAGUUCUUUUCCGUUGGUUUGUUUUGCAAGUUGGUGGAGAAAACAGAAGGUUCUAUGAUCAGCUCGGUGAAUGGCUCGGCACGGUGGGCAGAAUGAAAUUCGCUAGACCUGGAUACAGGCUUUUGGCCAGCGUCGACCACGACCUUGCAGUGAGCUAUUUCAAAAAAUUCGAGUCUCGUUACCACCCCAUUUGCAGAGCUAUGGUGAAGAAGGACCUCAACUUGUAA